GAAACAGGAGAAAAGGAACGGUGAAGAUCUCAGAGAAGCAUAGAACCACUCCUGCACUGCGCUAACAAAUUAAUCUCUUUCAGUCUCUUGCCUUUUGCUGUGUUUGAAAGCUUUUUUUUGUUUUUGCUUUGCCUCUGUUUCUAGAGUUCAUGUGAGGAAGGAGGCUGUAGGUGGGUAAAGAAAGUGGAUAUUGGUUUUGGAUUUGAGGUGGGCUUCUUGCUUUUGAAGUCUUGUGUUUGCGUCUAAUAUGGAGAGAGAUUUCUUGGGUUUGAACUCGAAAGAACCAUUGGCCGUGGUAAAGGAGGAGAUUAUCAGUGAUGGGUGCAAAGACACUGGUGUACAAUGGCAAUUCUCAAACAAGGGCUCUGCCCUUUCGCAUUUGAUGUCUUUCAAGAUUGCUCAAGAAGAUAAGACCAAAAAAAUUGUCUCAGAUCCUCUCAUAUCAUCUGGAUUUAUGAAUAUCUCCACUGCAGAUGCUUUUGAUACCAGUAAAAAGCGAUCCAUGGGUGAAAUCCAGAAGUCGUUCAAUCACGAUAGGCAAGGUGGCACUCAUUUUUCCCUGACUUCUUAUCCUGUGCCACAUGAUCUGCAUUCUGUGCACCGUCCUCAUGAUGUGAAGAUGUUUUCUGUUUCAAACCAAGCAAUUUCAGUUUCAGUUGGAAACCCUUUCUUCAAGAAUCAUUUUGCUCCUGGUCAGAAUUUGGUUGGCACCACUGUGCAGCAACCAUUACUUGGAGGAAUUCCAGUUACCGCUCCUCAUACAGUUAUUCCCACUAUUUCUUGCAUUGCUGGGACAGCUGAACCAUGGACUGGCGUCAAGGCUUCUGGGUCUCCUGCUCAAUUGACCCUCUUUUAUGCAGGUGCCGUGCAUGUCUAUGAUGACAUAACCCCUGAGAAGGCUCAGGCUAUAAUGCUUCUGGCUGGGAAUGUGUCUUCUCUUUCUCUUAACAAUGCCCAUCCAAAAACACAAGUUCAGGCACCUACCUCAAAAUUAGCAGCUGGUGAUGUUCCUGUGAAUCAGCCCAUAAAUACACAGCCUUGCUCUGGUCUUUCAAGCCCUAUAUCUGUCUCUUCACAUACUGGUACCCAAUCAGGAAGUGGGUCUACUAGCAAUGAUGAAUUGAUGGCAGCUAAAGCCAAUGGAGUUCCACAUACUGUUAGCAAAGUGGAGCCUCAGAAAAUAUCUAAUGUUGUGGGAUCUGUUGCUGUAACCCCGAUGUUUCCAUCUGCUGUUCCACAGGCACGAAAAGCAUCCUUGGCUCGAUUUUUGGAGAAGCGCAAGGAAAGGGCCAUGAAUGCAGCGCCUUACAACCACAUCAAGAAGUCUUCUGAGUGCACCACCCAAGAAUGCGAUGGUGCAAAUUUUGCAAGUCCUGCUCCAAUCUCUCUCUGUCAGCAAGGAGAGUAACCCAUCAUGUAUGAGGCGAAAUUAGGAAGGGAUUAUUGCAGAUUUAUGUAUUAAGUUGAAUAUGUAAGCAGAUGGAUUUCAGAGAACUCUAGACCUGACUCUGUUUAAUUUCGAAACUUAACCAAGUUUCGAUAUAUAGUUGGUGUAGGGUUUACCCCUUAUUAUUUCGAAUGCAGUCGGAUCCUUCAUUUCCGAGAUGACAUUAAUUUAGUACGAUAUGCAACUUUUAUAAGUAUUGGAACUUUAUGGAAACAAUUGCCAGUCUUAAGAUUGUA